UCCCUCCUGAGAGUACGCAGUCAGACAGGUGAAGAGCCGCAGCUUCAUAGAGAGCCUCCUCCAAUGUUCCAUGCUGCAAGAGAGUCUCUGCCAUGACCUCUAACGGAGUGCGGAUGGAGUUACGGACUGGGAGAAGUUUUUGGGAGCCGGGGAAUUACAGGAGCACGGUGAAGCGUGUGGAGGAUGGGCACAGGCUCUGCACAGAGCUGGUGAGCUGCUUCCAGGAGCGAGCCAAGAUCGAGAGGAACUAUUCUCUACAGCUGGCUGACUGGGCCGGGAGAUGGAGAGGCAUUGUGGAUAAAGGGCCGCAGUACGGAUCGCUGGAAAAGGCCUGGCAGGCCUUCCUGAAUGCAGCAGGCCGGCUGAGUGAGAUCCACAUGGAGCUGAAGAACCACCUGGUGGGGGAGGAGAGCCAGAGGGUCCUGCGCUGGCAGAAGGAGGCCUUCCACAAGCAGAUCAUAGGUGGCUUCAGGGAGACCAAGGAGGCGGAGGAGGGCUUCCACAAAGCCCAGAAAACCUGGGCCCGGAAACUGAAGGAUGUGGAGACCACCAUGAAGAGAUACCACCAAGCACGAAAAGUUGAGCACGCUGCUGUGGGCCGCGAGGGUAUCGCCAAAGCUGACCCAACUAAGUCUCAGGAUGAGGUCCAGAAACUGCAGGUCCGUGUGGAAAAGUGCAACAUGGAGGCUGAAAAGGCAAAGGAACGCUACGAGAGAGCCCUGGAGGAGCUGAACCGCUGUAACCCGCGUUAUAUGGAGGACAUGGAGCAGGUGUUUGAGAUGACUCAAGACGCCGAGAAGAAGCGACUGUGCUUCUUUAAGGAGGUCUUGCUGGACAUCCACAAACAAAUGGAUCUCUCCAGCAAUGAUAGGGUCAUCUCCCUGUUCCGUGACCUGGGCCAGACCAUCACGACUGCCAGUGCUGCUGAGGACCUGAGGUGGUGGCGAAACCGGCACGGGCCAGGCAUGCAUAUGAACUGGCCACAGUUUGAGGAGUGGUCAGCUGAUGACAUGCGCACUAUCUGCCCGAGGGAAAUGGACAGUCACAUUGAGGAUGUCUGUUUCCCACAAGAAGAUGAAACACCCCUGGGAUCUCCCAGAAGUGGAAAAGACUACGCAUCUGAGUGGUCAGAUGAGAGCAGCAGAAAGUAUAUUGCAGCAAAUGGGGUUGAAGAGGAGGAAAAGAUAGUUGGAGUGGGUGUAAAAGCGCUGUAUGAUUACGAGGGAGAAGAGGAAGAUGAACUCAGCUUUAAAGCAGGUGCCCUGCUGACAAAGCUUGGGGAGGAGGACGACCAGGGCUGGUGUAAGGGACAGUUGGAUGACGGGCAGAUCGGACUGUACCCUGCCAAUUACGUUGAGGUCAUCGGAUCCUGAUGGCCCGCCUCCUGAACAUGUUCGGCCAAUAACAUUGGAGAGUGGCUCAUUAAUGUGCCAUUCUCAUUCUCUAGUGCUGCCGUUUCCCCUGAGGGGGCAGAUGAACCAUGAUGCGAACAGAUGAGCAGGGGACAAUUGGAAUCUUAGCCCAGGUAUAAUCCUGAAUCAUUCCCACAUUUCCACCUGGGAUGGGCUGGUGUGUCUGUAGGAUUUUGCCACCAGUUCUUAUGCCAUGACCGAUUCACACGCAAAUUAGACCACAGUAAAAUGCUACAACGGACAAGAACAUUUAUCAGGUGCUAUUUAUAUCCGCGAAUCUGGCUAAAUAUGACAGUUCAUGUAAAUGAUUGGGCUAAUUAAAUAAUUAAGAACAGAAGUUGAAUCCUGAAGGGCCUGACAUCAUGGUGGCCACAACAGCACAGAUCAACUAACUGACAGAGGUGAGAUGCAGCAUGAAUACGCCAGACCUCUACAGAUCACGCCAUGUCUCUUUGCUCUCCCUUGAGGCUUGUACUUAUUAACAUUAACAAUGCACUUAUUAACAUUGAAAGUAACUAUUUAAAAAUCAGCCUGAUAAAAAGCAGAACUGAUUUUCUUAAUAUCCUGUGUAUACGUUACCUGUCCAUGCACACACAAUCCCUCCAAUGACAACAAGGAUAUGCAAGCUUUUUCUGAAAUGGGCGGUAUAAACAGAAAUGUUCUCUUGCUUUGCUCUUUAUUUAUAAAGAUAACAUAGGGCAGUCAUCUCUUAAUUUAUGUUCAAAAAUUUUUUUUAAACAUUCUUUUAAAUGGAUACAUACAAAUUGGGUAAAAUAGUUUGAUAAGAGAUUUGAGCAAAGGUGCCUUUUCCGGUGGAGUAUUAGUUUGAACUGCGGACAGUCAAUCAGAGAACAUUGAAAUCCUUUAAUUUUUUUUUAUUUAUGCUUCUGUUCAAAUAGCUUGUCAAAAGUUUGUGGUUGUAUGCAUGCAUCUGUACUUAUCUGUGUGUGUACAGUACUGUGCAAAAAGUCUUAAGCACCCUAGAUGUGUAUUUUACUAGUUAUGGAUGUGAUGCUUUAACUUGUGGAAGAACCUAUGCACUUGUAAAUCGUUUUGGAUUAGAAGCAUUUGCCAAAUGACUAAAAUGUAAAAUGUUAAAAUAAAUUUGGUCUUAGAUAUUGAAACAAUAUAUAUUUUUUUUUUAAUUCAUUUUCUGCAUUAGUGUGUUAAUAGAAAAGAGCAAAUGUAAGAUUUCCAAAAAAUCCAAUUUUCAGAUUUAGAACUUGAUUUAGGCCGUCCGGGAUUACCUGGAGGGCUGAAGCAUGUGAGUCUGCAGAAGAGCUGUGGCAGGUUUAAAACAAACUACCACCUGAUUUUCUUAUAAAACUGCGGGACAGUGCACGUAAGGGAAUUUAUUCAGUUUUAUAAUAGGUGGUCACAAAAAAUAUUGAUUUGAUUUUGUUUUUAACUGUUCACUGCUCUUUACUGUGAUUUAAAAAUAAAAAACAGCUGAUUUCAUUCUUUUUGUAAGCAUCUUUGCUUUACAUAUUUUUUUCUUGUGCCUAAGACUUUUGCACAGUACUCUAUGUGUGUAUGUGCACAUUUGUGUGUGUGCUUGUUUGGCUGGAGGGGUGUCAUCCAGACCCCAUCCAGUCCCUAUAUAUAUAAAACUUAAUCUGCAUAUUUCAUUUUGUGGUGGACAAUGGGGGGUAUGAUACCCAUGUAAAGGGGAUUCUGCCAUUUUUCUAAAGUCAUUAAUAAAAGGUUCAGUUUCCUGUG